UUCGGGAAACGCCUGUCUCCCCUCCCCUCCCCCUUGCGGCGAUGGGGGGCUCCAUGGCUGCUCUCAUGGCGGCAGCGGCGGCGGUGUCGCUGCUGAUGCUGCUUGUGUCUCUGGCGGCCACGGACAGAUACGAUCAGGAGACCCGUCGGAUCUUCGUGGAGUGGAAGGGCAAGUACGGACAGACCUAUAAGGACGUCGGCGAGGAGGAGUGCCGGUACGCGGUGUUCAAGGACACCCGCCGCAUUGUCGACCGGCACAUAGCCGCCGGGAUAACCUCAUCCGGCCUCAACGGUCUCAGCGCCCGCAGCAGAGAGGAGAUUCUUCGCGGGAAAGGUGUCCGGAUGGGGGAGGCAUCCUACGAGCAGGAGACCCGCCUCAUGUUCGUGGGAUGGAAGGCCAAGUACGGGAAGACCUACAAAGACGUCGGCGAGGAGGAGUGCCGGUACAAGUUGUUCAAGGGCAAUCGCCGCGUCGUCGUCCAGCUCAACGCCGCCGCCGGGGAAACCGCAUACGGCAUCAACCAAUUGGGUGACCUCACCAACGAGGAGGUCCGCGCAUGCUGCUACGGGCGUGGGGGGUUCCGGAACAACCCGGAGAUAGAUGGAAAGCUGAGCGCCAGGUGCCAGGCCGCCGCCGCCGACCUGCGGGACACCGUCGAAGGGAGGCUGAGGUCCCAGGUUUGCCAGUGCAUUGCCAUGGAACUGGAACAAAGUACAGAGUCUGGCGGUAGCGCCAUUCCUGGAGAUAGAGCACACAUGUGAAUCUGAAAGUCACUUCUGUUUGUUGCAGGGAAAAUUUAAGAAUAAAAAUGUUGCU